GUGAGGAAUGUACAGUCACUGAAGAACACAGGCACAGAUUGGAGGUCCUACACUAAGUCUUCUCUCAUCCACUCAGACCAUCAUCCAUUCACCAGAGUCUCAGAAUCCGGCGCACCUACAAUGGAGACCGUGGCAAUAUUUGACUCGCCUGGGAAGGGGAGAGGGUUAAAGGCAACAAAGGAGUUUUGGGCAGGAGAUGUAAUUUUUUCCGAGGCCAGUAUUGCAGCUGUUGUCUUUGACAGUCUAGCAGAGCGUAUUUGCCACAGCUGUUUCCGAAGACAAGAGAAGCUGCAGCGGUGCGGCCAGUGUAAAUUUGCACAUUAUUGUGACCGAACCUGCCAGCGGGCAGGCUGGGCAGAGCACAAGCUAGAAUGCAGCGCCAUCAAAGCUUAUGGCAAAGUACCAAAUGAGAACAUCCGUGUGGUGGCCCGCAUUAUGUGGCGCCUCGACAAGGAGGGGAGCACGGUGUCUGACAUGCAGCUGACCACGCUGGACGAGCUGGAGGACCACAUUGCCGACAUGCCAGAGGACGACUUGAAGGAGCUGAAAGUGGACAUUCACAACUUCCUGGACUACUGGCCCCAUAACAGCAAACAGCACACAAUUGAUGAUAUCUCACACAUAUUUGGAGUGAUCAACUGUAACGGCUUCAGUGUGAGUGACCAGAGGGGUCUCCAGGCAGUAGGAGUUGGUCUUUUCCCCAACUUGUGUCUAGUGAACCAUGACUGCUGGCCCAACUGCACCGUAAUCCUCAACCACGGCAAUCAAUCGGCUGUGAAUACUAUGUUUCAUUCUCAACGGAGGAUCGAGCUGCGUGCUUUGGGUAAGAUUGCAGAAGGCGAGGAGCUGACAGUCGCCUAUGUGGACUUCUUGAAUCUGUCAGAGGAGCGACAGAGGCUGCUGAAAACACAAUACUUCUUUGACUGCACGUGUGAGGACUGCAAGAACCGAAUUAAAGAUGACAUGAAGAUUGGGGGAAGGGAAGAGGACGGAGUCAAGCCUUCAGAGGAACAAGUGAAAGAGGCAACAGAUUAUUGCUUUCAGAUGCUAGAGAAGAUGGAAAAGGCUCGAUUAAAUGGUGACUACCAUGAGGUUGUGAAAAUCUGCAGGGAGUGCAUUGAGAAGACAGAGCCGGUUCUGGCAGACACGCACAUCUACCUGUUGAGGAUGUGGAGCACAAUGAGCGAGGUUCAAGCUUACCUGCAGUACUUUGAUGAUGCUGCAGAUUACGCCCGGAAGAUGGUGGAGGGAUACAUGAAGCUGUACCACCCGAACAAUGCUGCUCUUGGUAUGGCUGCCAUGAGAGCAGGAGUGACCCACUGGCAGGCUGGGCAGAUUGAGGUUGCACAUGGGAUGAUCUGCAAGGCCUACGCUAUUCUCAUGGUUACCCAUGGUCCAACACAUCCCAUCACUAAGGACCUUGAUGCGAUGCGCAUUCAGACAGAGAUGGAGCUGAGGAUGUUCAAACAGAAUGAGUAUGUUUAUCACAGUAUGAGAGAGGCAGCUCUGAAGAACAAACCCAUGACCAUGAUGCACGAGCCCAAGUCUGUGGAGGAGGGAAUCAAAAAUCUCUUCCACCGGAGGAAGUGAUCACAUGACAGCAACCAGGAGAGCCCCACCCUGUUGUUUACUGUUAACAGCUUUCAGAGUGUUGAUGUUAGCCUAGCCAUUUAGUCACAUGACCAUUUUCUGUAUCACUUAGUUUUUCAGGGAAAUAUGUCUUUUCAUUAAAAAAGAUGUCUUGA